AUGGUUUGGGGUUGCCUAUCACAUGAUUGUAAGCUGGAUCUUGUCACCACCCAAGGCAACCUCAAUGGUGAUCGGUACAUUCGUAACGUCCUGCAACCAAUUGUUGUGCCGCAUUUUGACAACCAUCCACUCGCCACCAGACCUCUGUACAUGGAUGACAAAGCUAAAGCCACAUCGUUCCUGAGCAAUGUGUUGAAAAGUUCGGCCAAACCGUUCAGCUGUGAUCGGUGCUCCAGAUGUGUCUCACUACAGUCCGUCCUGAAGACGCACGUCCUCACCCACACUGGGGCCAAACCGUUCACGUGCGACCGCGGCAGCUUGAAGGAGCACCAGAUGAUGCAGCAUUCCGGAGUUAAACCAUUUAAGUGUGGAGGGUGCUCGAAAUGUUUUACACAGCGCGGCAGUUUAAAGGAGCACACGAUGAUGCAGCAUUCCGGAGUUAAACCAUUUAAGUGUGGAGGGUGCUCGAAAUGUUUUACACAGCGCGGCAGUUUGAAGGAGCACACGAUGAUGCAGCAUUCUGGAGUUAAACCAUUUAAGUGUGGAGGGUGCUCGAAAUGUUUAACACAGCGCGGCAGCUUGAAGGAGCACCAGAUGAUGCGGCAUUCCGGAGUUAAACCAUUUAAGUGUGGAGGGUGCUCGAAAUGUUUUACACAGCGCGGCAGUUUGAAGGAGCACACGAUCAUGCGGCAUUCCGGAGUUAAACCAUUUAAGUGUGGAGGGUGCUCGAAAUGUUUUACAAACAACGCCAGGUUGAAAGAACAUACGGUGACUCACAGCGGUGAAAAACCGUACGAAUGUGACCUGUGA